GGCUGUUCCAUCCAAUGGCCCAAUUCUUUGGCCUUUCUACGUCUGUUCCAUUCCCUUCGAUCUGGACCAUGGCAUACCAGAUCGCGAUUUUUUUCGUCAUGGAAGACACGUGGCAUUAUUUCUCUCACCGUGCUCUGCACUGGGGUCCGCUCUAUAAGGCUAUUCACAAGAUCCAUCAUCAGUACUCUGCUCCGUUCGGUAUGGCCGCGGAGUAUGCAUCACCUAUCGAGGUCAUGAUCCUUGGAUUCGGUACAGUCGGGUGUCCAAUCCUCUGGUGCGCAGCCACUGGGGAUCUGCACAUCUUCACAAUGUAUGUUUGGAUUGUACUUCGACUAUUUCAGGCAAUCGAUGCACACAGCGGAUAUGAAUUUCCAUGGAGUCUGCACCAUUUCCUACCUUUUUGGGCUGGCGCAGAUCAUCAUGAUCUCCAUCACGAAAAGUUUGUCGGAAACUACUCGAGUAGCUUCAGGUGGUGGGACUACGUCUUGGACACGGAAUAUAGCCCCGAGGCUAUCAAGCGUAGAAGGGAGCACAAGGCAGGGAACAUCUCGAAGAAGGUACAAUAAUAAUGUCCAAGCUUCAAUUUGCGAUAUAUUUCGAUUCUCUGGUUGAUGAUGUUGGGCGGGAUUGGGUAUGGUCCGGACGGCGAUCCAUGCUGACCACCUAGGGAUCUUGAAGCUAGCAUAUGCCCAUACAGAACCACUGUAGUCAUUUUGGUUCAGGCAUCUUUUUUUAUGAUAUUGAGUAAUAUGUAAUAAAUAUAUAAUUUUAUGUUAAAAUGUUAUACGCCGUCAUCUGUGGAUGC